AUGGCUGCAGCAUCACACGACUACGAAUCGGGCGAAGAAGAAGGUGCCUCCAGCGCCAGCGGGGUGAGCUGUCAUUCGCAUGCUGGAGUCGAACACUGCGUCGACGCUGAGGGCAAUACUGUCUCUUCCGGCUGCGCACGGCCUGACUAUCAGUACGACAUUCCGCUGAGAAUCGGCCUGUUGUUCGUGAUCUUGUGCACUGGUGCGAUCGGUGUGCUUGGGCCCAUCUUCACAGCGAAGUUCUCCAAAUUUGACGCGGAUCACAUUGUGUUGGUGUGCCUAAGACAGUUUGGCACGGGCAUCAUUAUUUCGACUGCCCUUGUGCACCUAUACACUCACGCUCAACUCUUCUUCUCGAACGAGUGUCUCGGACGGCUCCAGUAUGAGGCAACCACGUCUGCAGUGGUGAUGGCUGCUCUCUUUGUGACCUUUCUCAUCGAGUAUAUUGCCCAGAGACUGCAGAGACGGAAGUCGACGACCCAAGGAAGGCCAGCAGCCCUCCAUGAUCACAAAAUGCCACAGGCUGCCGCGGAUGACAGCUCUGAAGAAGAACGCCGUAUCCCGGGUAGUGCCACGGAGAAGGAACUGAUGGUUCAAGUCACUGUGAUGGAGGCUGGUAUCAUCUUCCAUUCGAUCCUAAUCGGCCUGACGCUUGUGGUUGCAAACGACUCCGGCUUCAUCUCGCUGUUCAUCGUCAUCCUCUUCCAUCAGAUGUUCGAGGGCAUCGCUCUUGGAUCACGCAUUGCCAUGACGUCUGCUGGCCUGGCUCGUAAAAUUGUUAUGGCAUUGGGAUUCGCCAUCACAACUCCAAUAGGAAUGGCUAUUGGUAUUGGAGUCCUGUCCAGCUUCAAUGGUAAUGAUCCAAGUACAAUCGUCGCGAUUGCUACGUUGGAUGCUUUCAGCGCAGGUAUCUUGCUGUGGGUUGGACUUGUUGGCAUGCUGUUUAGCGACUGGUGGUUUAGACCUCUGGCAACUUCGGGGGCGGUGAAGACAGCGUUGGGAAUGCUGUUCCUCGUAUCCGGCUUGGUACUUAUGAGUCUGCUGGGCAAGUGGGCGUAA